UCAAAUACAUGCUGAGAGAGAAACUCCUUCCUACAGAUGAAGCUAAAUCACAGAUUUAAAAAGAAAAUUAAAACGGGAGACCGCGGAUGAUACAGGAAAUGGCGCCCCCUUCACUUCCGGAGUGCAACGGUCCCAUUUACAAACAAGUGGUGGUUGCCGAGGUGACGCAGCCGUCCCUGGGCGUCGGCUACGAGUUGGGCCGGGCCGCCGACAUGAAGGAGAAGAAGGUGCUGUGUUUGUUCCGGCCGUCGUCAGGACGCGCGCUGUCGGCCAUGAUCCGAGGGGCGGCGGACGGCCGGCGCCUCCAGGUGGUGGACUACAGUGAGGACCAGCUGGAGGCGGUUCUGGACCGGUUCUUCAGCAGCCUGCAGUCGGUCUGACCAAUCAGAGCGCCGC